UCGUCCGUUCUAGAGCGACGUUGCCAGAAGCAGUUUCGAUGCCUGUAAUCGAUACUUUUUGUUGUAGUUGUACAUUUUUCGCCAAAAAUAAUAAUAAAAGUGAAAAAUUUUUUUUGUUAAUAUACGUUUAUUUGUUGUACAAAGGAGAAAAUGUUAUUAAACUGAUUGGCCGUCCCAGCAUUUUCGUGACCCCCGCUCCAAAAACAACAAAAUAGAACGGCCGCCAGCAACAACAAGCGCCUUCUAUCGCCUUCUUUAACCGCCAAUUGCACCUGCUCCUGCCCACUAACCAAGACAAAAAGAAGCGAUUACUCCAAGCGCCAGCGGAAGUGAAAUGAUAAAGUCCACCACGAAUCCACAGGAACAGCGUCUGCCACGCCCCGAGGAUCAGUCGCCAGCGCCGCCGCCGCCCCCCUCCUCAGCCACCUCCACCACCGCCCCUGCCACCCCCACGCACCAAGUGGCCACCGUGAUAGCCAACAUGGACACCCUGAAGACCGCCUUUCUGCCCAAUCUCAGCAUGGAUCCCAAUGUGCACGUGUCGCCGCACUAUUGUCCCAUGUGCCACCAGCAGUUCGAGCGGCCGCAGCAUGUCGCGGAUCACAUGCAGCUGUGCCACGGGAUAACGCUGAACGCCCAGGGAGCCAUCGCCACGCUGGACGGUGGCCAUCCGCAGGCACAGCAGCACCCCAAGCUCAGCCACCCCUGCUUCAAUUGUGAUGAAAAGUUUGGCAACGCCGUCGACCUGGACGAACACCAUCGGCUGGCUCAUCAGACGUCCGCCUUCCUGGCCCGCUGCCUCAUUUGCAGCAUCUAUGGCAUCCACUCGGCCACUCAGCAGCCCAACGAGUACAAAUGCACGCAGUGCGGCUCCAUUUGCACCACCGCCAUGCUGGCCGCCGGACAGCAGGGCUUUAUGGAACAGCAGGAGGCGGCGGUGACGCCCGACGACCAGCUGCCGUCGAUGGCGCCCCGUGAUAUGAGACUGACGCCCGAGGAGCAGCACCACCAGCAGCAACUGCAGGCGGAGCACCACCAUCAGCAACAGCACCAACAACAGCAGCAGCAGCAGGAACUGCUGGAGCAGCAGCAGCGUGAAAUGCAGGAGCAGGCGCAACAGCAGCAGGUGCAUCAUCACCAGCAGGAUCAGGAUCUCGCCGGCGACCAGGUGGCGCUGAAGGUGCCACCGCUCACCGUCAAGCUAAACAAGAAUGCCAACGGUGGCGCCAUUGUGGCCCACCCGCAGGUCAUUAUCAAGGAGGAGCCACUCAGCCUGAGCGAUAGUGGUGAUGUGGUCAACUCUGUGCCCGUCUAUGCCAUACAAGCCAAUCCCGGUGUACCCGCUCCGGCCAGUUCGGGUGUGCUAGUCGGCACGCAAACGGUGGCCGCCGAUCUGGCGCACAAGAUCCGGCACAAAUGCCCGGAUUGUCCAAAGACCUUCAAGACGCCCGGCACUCUGGCAAUGCACCGCAAGAUACACACAGGCGAAGCAGACGCCACGCCCAAAGAACGCCCCUACACGUGCUCCUACUGCGGCAAGUCCUUCACUCAAUCGAAUACACUAAAACAGCACACUCGCAUACAUACAGGUGAGAAACCAUUUAGAUGUGGCUAUUGUGGCAGGGCGUUCACUGUUAAGGAUUACCUGAACAAACAUUUAACGACUCACACGGGAGAGAAGCCGUUUCACUGCGGGUACUGCGAGAAGUCCUUCAGCGUGAAGGACUAUCUGACCAAGCACAUACGGACGCACACCGGCGAGAAGCCGUACACCUGUCCGUACUGUGACAAGCGUUUCACGCAGCGCAGCGCCCUUACUGUGCACACGACCAAGCUGCAUCCGCUCUAGGGAAGGCCGGGCGGUGGCCGCCAGAUACCCGUUCCUGCCCCAGCCGCUCCUCCUCCUCCUCCUGGUGCGCCGCCGCCGUUGUCCGCCGACACGGAUACAGAUCCCAAGAAGCCAUCUGCAGCGGCUGCGGCAUCGGCUUAGGACGCUAAGAGCUGCAGCGGAAACGGGAUGAGCAACCCAAAAUGAAAGACCAUUUCAAAGACGAGACACACUCACGUACAUGGGUGUUAACUGCAGCGGAUGCAACGCAACCAACGACUGGCAAAUCUCUUCGCAGUGCUGCUAGAUUAAAUUACUAAAUUAGAUACUUUCAUUUCGGUUAACAGAGAAGCAGAAACACAGUUGUACUAAAUUAGCAUACAGUUCGUAGAAUGUUUAAGUUAUUGCAAUCGAUUUUUGAUUCUUAUUAUUAUUUGGUUAUGUAGAUGUUUUGCAAUUUUAUUUUUAUACACCUAUGUAUAUCGUAUAUAAUAUUUUGUUAUUCAUUGAGAUUUUAUAUGGUGACUCCUUAGCGCACACUCACUUACGCGCGGCGCUAUACCUACACACCGAAAAAGCUACACACUACACACCGCGCACACAUAUAUUAUUUAUAAAGAGAGAGAACAUAUUUUUACUCAUACUUUGUGGCAAUAUUAUUUUUACUACUUCCUGAAAUUGUUUGUAAAUGUUACUGAAAGCAGCAAAACAAAGAAAGGUAAACUCAUGUCUACGCGCAAAACUUAAAUUAUUUUUAUAAAUUAUACAUCUAUUUUAUUCGAAAUCAAAACAACACAAAAUUAUUUAUUCUACAUAAAAAAUGUUUUCAAAAUUUCGACUCGUAGUGGAAAUGGCGAAGGACCAUUGUAGUCAUUUCCCAAUUAUUUGCACACGAGCAGGAUCUCGUUUGUUUUGGCUUUAAAAAUUUAAUUACUUUUAAUUAACUAAAUGAUCUAAUCAUUUUAGCUUGUUUUUAUUGAUGAAUGUUAACCAUUGUUUAUUUUUUAAAAUAAUUAAGUUGAAAGCGCUGCUUUUGUUUGUUAAACUAAUCUAAACAGUGAGAUUGUAUAAAACUAAAAAAGAAAAACGAAAAACAUAACUAAGAAAUUAAUUUUACAAAAUUUGCAUUUUUUAACGCAAGACAAAAAGUAUUUAAGGCAAAUCGAAAUGAGAAAUCUACGCUAAACGCAACACAGCUUUAUGCGCCAAACUAGAAGAUUAAACAAAUUUAACAUAACGAUCUACAUAAUUGAUACUUUUGAUAAAAAGAAAGCUUAAAGUUGUUUUUGUAAUGUAUAUAAAUGUGGAUUCAUCAUUUUUAAAACUACUUAAACGCGUUUUUUAAACCAGCAAAUGAUUACUUGCAAGAGUUGUACGUACUAAACCAACUAAAACUGUAGCAAAACCAAAACCAUGUACAUUUUUAUAACAUAGUGUUAUAUAAUUAUAAAGUAUGCAAAUAUAUAAACCUGUAUCUAAUAUUAAUGCAUAAUACACUCAAACAAAUUGUCUACCUAAUGGCACAUAGCACAGCAACAAACGAUGCGCAGCGCAUGUAAAACCAAAAUAAAUUCUAAGUACUAAACUAUUGUAAUUCUUUAAGUUUUAAAUAAACCGAGAUGAGUUGACGAUCAAAAGCAAACAGCUAAAUCCAGAAAAAAGCGCCUAACUAACCGCAACACUGACAAAAAAAACAAUUAACUCUGCUGUAAGUGAUUACCAAUGAAUGAAUCAUGUUGAAUGCGAUACGUACUAAAUAGCGACUAACUAUUAGUAUUAGAUCUUAGCCACGAAUCCAAAAACGAAGCCAGACAACAGACACACAGAAACACGAACAUAAGCAAGUGAGUAAUUAGAAGUUAAAUUGUAAAAUUUAUUAUUAUUAAAUAUAUAAAUAGAUAUUACGAAUAUAAAUGUAUGUACUUGCAAUCUAAAUUUACGUGACAAAAUCUAGCAAAUAUUCGAGCAAUAUUUCAAUUAAAAUAUAUGAAAAGGAAUUAUAUAUACAAAAUAAAGUCCAACCAUGUAGAAAGAUUAUA